AUGCCCGGAACAGAGGGAGUGGGUGAGGGGGAGAGCAUAUUGGGCGAGGUCUUGGGGCAUGAACAAAAGACUGAUACCGAGAAGACGCUGUUGCGGUCGCUAGGCCACAAGUUCGGCGACGGCGAAGCACAGAGCAUGUUCCCGCCGGAUCCCCAGUUCGACGCUGCAUUCAACCGCGAAUUCGAUGAGGUCGACGAGAUGAGUGUAGACGGGUCAAAUGAAGAAGCUGUUAUGCGUCAAUGGCGCGCAAAACUCAAACAUUUCCUCAUCUUGUCGAGUGCCGGCAAGCCCAUAUACAGCAGACACGGCGAUGACCAGCUCAUCACAAACUACAUUGGUGUUGUGCAGACCAUCAUAUCCUUCUACCAGUCAACCAACGAUGUCUUGAGAGGCUUCACGGCGGGCGACGUCCGCUUCGUUGUCAUGUCCAAAGGCCCUCUGAACUUGGUCGCCAUCACUCGAUUACCGGAGAGCGACUCCCAAUUGCGCACACAACUGGAAGCAUUGUACAUGCAGAUCCUGUCCACACUUACACUUCCUAGCUUGGAGCGCAUGUUCGCUGCCCGUGCGAACUACGAUCUACGACGACCUCUUCAAGGAACAGAUACACUGCUUUCUGCACUCGCCGACGGCUUCACACGAGGCUCUUCAUCAACCCUGCUCUCCGCUCUCGAAUGUCUCAAGCUUCGCAAGUCGCAUCGCACAACCAUCAACAACACACUCCUCAAGACGCGUUCUGAAAAUCUGCUCUACGGUCUCAUUGUCGCAUCCGGCAAGUUGGUUUCUGUCGUGCGGCCCAAGAAGCAUAGUCUGCAUCCGGGCGACUUGCACCUGAUCUUCAAUAUGUUGUUUGAAGCCGGCAGUGUCAAGGCAGGCGGCGGCGAGAACUGGAUCCCGCUCUGCUUACCAGGAUUCAACAACACUGGAUAUCUGUACAUGUAUGUCAGUUUCCUGAACCUAGAACACCCCACGGAGCAAAUGCAAGAGCGGCCCAGCACCAGCGAGGGUGCACCUGACGAGGUUGCAAUUCUCCUCAUUUCUGCCGAAAAGGAGAGUUUCUUUGAGCUGCGCAGUAUGCGGGACGAUUUGGUCGAGGGCGUCAAAAGGGGAAUUUCGCGCAUUCUCGCAGUUUGCCUACUUAACUCCGGUCCUAUUGUGCUCAGGUAG